AUGGGUGAAAUGCUUCGUUAUUGCAUUGUAUAAAUUGAAUUUAUUUAAAUUGGGAAAUACAUUAAUUAAUAAUUAUAUUAUUUAAUUAAUCAUUUUUUUUGGAUAUAAUCUAGCAAAUUUAUUUUCUAUAGCUGA